UCACACCUUUACGAAAACCUCUCUUUAAAACCCUACUACUCCUCUGCCUCACCUUCCCCAUCCCUGUGCCGCCAUGGAUAUCGACAAUCCAACGGCCGUAAAUCCACCACAAACCCUACCAACAAAACCCAAUUUCCAACCCUUAAAAGCCCACGAAAUAUCCGACGGUCACAUCCAAUUCCGCAAAGUAACAGUCCCACAGCACCGUUACACUCCCUUAAAAAAAACAUGGCUCGAAAUCUACAACCCAAUCUACGAACAAAUGAAAAUCGACAUCCGUAUGAACCUCAAAAAACGUCGGGUCGAACUAAAAACCCGACCCGACACACCCGACAUAAGCAACUUACAAAAAUGUGCUGAUUUCGUACACGCUUUUAUGUUGGGGUUUGAUGUAUGUGAUGCUGUUGCUUUGUUACGUUUAGAUGAAUUAUAUGUUGAUUCAUUUGAGAUUAAGGAUGUUAAGACUUUACGUGGUGAGCAUUUAUCUAGGGCUAUUGGGAGAUUAUCGGGUAAAGGUGGAAAGACAAAAUUUGCUAUAGAGAAUGCUACAAAGACUAGGAUUGUAAUUGCGGAUUCGAAGAUACAUAUAUUGGGAUCUUUUUUGAAUAUUAAGAUUGCUAGAGAUUCACUUUGUAGUCUCAUUAUGGGUUCACCUGCUGGUAAGGUUUAUUCUAAGCUUAGAGCUGUUACUGCUCGCGCUGAGAUGCUUUAAUUUUAUUGUUUUUGGAGUUAUAGAAUGUUUUAGGUAUUGAAUUUUGAGUUUCUAUUGGAAAAUUUUGAUUGAUAAAUGUAUUGUAAUGAUAUUCUCUUCUUAAAUGGAGGAUCUUGAGACCCCGUUUCAA